ACAGGGUGCGCUGUUCGUCGCUCCGCUUCGCUCUCCUCGAAGCGAACCGUCGUCGAUGCGGAACUCCGUGUGUGUGUUUACGUCCCCGCUGGCUCUCUUUGUUCGCAGAGAAGGAGGAAAAUGUGCGCCGUGCAGCUGCUGCGGGUGUCGGUACAUGAGCGGAUUAGCGCCGCCGCUGAAGACUUUCUGCUGCAGGUGGAAAAGGGAGAAGAAGCGGCUGAAAUCCCGGCGCUGAGAGCGCUGCUCACCGAGCGGCUAACGGCGGCUGCGGAGGAGAUCGUCGGUCUGUUGGAGGAAACCGUGGCGGAGUAUGAAGACAGAGUCGAGCGGUCAGAGCGGGAGAUCUGCCGCCAGAGGAGGCUGCUCGAUGCCGUGCUGAAGCCCGAAGUGAAGCUGCACAGAGCAGACCUCCAGCCUCCAGUCGUCCCUGCAGACUUGAACCAGACAGAAGCCGAAGGAGUCGACAGCGACGCCUGCCGUCAGCCGACGCCUCGCUCUCCUUCACCCGCCUACCAUCCGCCCGUCUCACCGAGCAGCUCGGCCGUCAUCAGCGACGCCGACCCAGACAGCGACUGGACGGAGCAGAGUCAGACUGUGAGUCCUCGGAGGAAAAAGAAGAGAGGACGGCCGCCGCUCACCAUCAGAAACAAACGGAGGCGGUCGACUCUGGCUCAGAGUUUCUUCUGUCGAGUUUGUGGACGGUCUCUGCAGGGGAAAGGCUUCCUGCUCAAACACGUACUGCAGGUCUGCGCCAAGGACCCGGACGGCCGCUGCGGCUUCUGCGGUGAGCAUUUGGACUCUGCGGACGCCCUGACGGCUCACCUGCAAACACACCAGGAGAAAAGUAAAACCUGCUCGUUCUGCGGGAAAACCUUCCAGUCCAUCCUGGCGCAGGAGCUGCAUGUGCGGCUGCACACCGGAGAGAAACCGUACAGCUGCGACAUCUGCGGCAAGAAGUUCAGCCAGAAGGGCAACCUCACCUCACACGUCCGCGUCCACGCUGCAGAGAAACCCUUCAAAUGCAAAGAGUGCAGCCGGGCCUUCUGUCACAUGUCGUCUUUAGAGAGACACAUGCAGGAGCACGGCAGCGAGGAGGCGCACGCCUGCAGCAUCUGCAGUCAGCAGUUCAGGAAACAACGCAGCCUGCAGCGACACAUGGCGACUCAUCAGAAGGACGCCGCAGACAAACCGAAGAGGUACCGCAGCUCUGCGCCGUCUUAUCGCUGCAAAGUGUGUGGGGACGCCUUCGACAAGAGAACCUUCUUGGUGAAACAUGUGGAGACUCAUCUGCAGGACCCGGACUGCUGCUGCGGACUCUGCGGACACCAGUACGAGUCCCCCGCUAGCCUCGCCACUCACCUGCGCUCCCACCGCGAGAUCGGCAACACCUGUCACGUUUGCGGGAAGUGCUUCCCGGCUCACGCAGCGCUGGAGAUGCACAUGAGGAUCCACACCGGAGAGAAACCGUACAGCUGCAGCUUCUGCGGGAAAGCCUUCAACCAGAGCGGCAACCUGAAGACUCACCUGAAGAUCCACACCGGCGAGAGAGCGUUCUCCUGCAGCCUCUGCGGGAAGGGCUUCACCCAGAAACAGACUCUGGACACUCACGUCCGCUUCCACAACAAGGAGAGACGCUUCCUGUGCCAGGUCUGCGGGAAGGGGUUCAUGCAGGACGUGGACCUGAAGAGACACAUGCUCAUCCACACCGGAGAGAAACCGUACUGCUGCAGGGUCUGCGGCAAGAGCUUCCAGGCCAAACGAUCGCUCAACGGGCACCUCAAAGUCCACUCCGGGGGGGGCGCGGGACCGGAGCUGGACGAGGCCUCAGAGCGGACAAGGACAGACAGUUUCUACUCAGGCUUCAUCCAGCUUCCAAAGGGGGAGCACUCCUGCUCGCUCUCCUCUCACUGUGAACUCGUCGACCCGGAACGGACCCGCGUUGUUUUCCUUCCUGCUGGCCGGUGGCCGGACCUCUGGACCGGGAUGGCUCUGACAGAAAGCACGCCGCGCUGCGGGCUCCGUACGCUGACGGAGUCGGUGUCGGAGCAGCUCAGCCGGGUCGGAGAGGAGAUCUUGGGGCUGCUGGAGAAGCGGAGCGGAGGCUUCGGAGGCCGCCUGCUCCACCUGCUGAGGCCGCUGCUCACCGAGCGGCUGGCGGCGGCGGCGGAGCAGAUCGUCGGGCUGUUGGAGCGGGAGGUGGAGGAGUACCGGCGGCAGCUGGAGCGGCACAACCGGCUGUUGGAGGCCGUGCUGAGCCCGGUGGUCCGACUGCAUCGGACAGAUUUCAUCAGGACAACCGGUGCUAACAGAAACCGGCCCCCGCCGUCUGAGGCCGACCCGGCCCACCUGUCCACGGCCUCGCCCGGCUCCGCCUCCUCAGACGCCUCCGCCGCAGAGAGCGACCGCAGCGAGGACUGGAGGGACAGCGACAACUCUUCCGGUUAUAAAGAAACAGACAGGACAGACGGAGGACGGCGCUCUGGCAGCCAGAGACAGCAGGCAGCGUCCUCGGACCGUCUGGCGGAUCACCGCUGUGUCAACUGCGGGAAAAGUUUCCGCCACAAAGGGAAUCUGGUGAAACACGUCGAAACACACUCCAACGAUCCUGAGUGCCUGUGUGGAGUCUGUGGUCAGCGCUGCGAAUCCUCAGACAGUUUGUUCGACCACCUGAGAUCUCACAGAGGAACAUUCAGCGGCGGCGGAACGUGCGAGAUCUGCGGGAGGACAUUUCAGAACAUGGAGACACACAUGAGGAGUCACACCGGAGUCAAACCCUACUGCUGCGACGUCUGCGGCAAGAGCUUCCCCCGACCCGGAGCAUUGAGGAGACACAAGAAGAUCCACAGCAGGAGGACGCCGGACGUCUGCUCGGUCUGCGGACUGACCUUCACCCAGAACCAGCUACUCCAGGACCACCUGAAGACCCACGAUGAGGACGAUGGAGACUGGAGUAAGGAGGAGAACGACGGUGGAAGAGAUGGAAGGCAGAGCGCUGGACUGAAGCCGUCUCAGCCCUCCUCGAUCUGCUGCAGAGUCUGUGGUGAAUCCUUCCACAGCCAAGGCUUCUUGAGGAAACACGCGGAGACGCACUGCAGGGAGUCUCAGAGUGUCUGUGGCCUCUGCGGACAGCAGCUGGACUCACGCGAUGAUCUGCUGACCCACCUGCAAUCUCACAGAGAGACCGGCGGGACCUGCAGCAUCUGUGCCAAGAGCUUCCAGAACAUGGAGACGCAUAUGCGAAGCCACACGGGGAUCAAACCGUACCUCUGCAACAUCUGCAACAAACGCUUCCCUCGACCCGGAGCGCUGAGGCGCCACAAGAAGAUCCACGGUGGGGAACGACCGCACGUCUGCCAGCGCUGCGGGAAGACGUUCAUCGAGAGCGGCGCCUUAAAAACUCACAGCAGGAGUCACUUGUGGCAGACAGACGGCAACGAGGAUGCUGAGCCUCUGCAGGACUCGAAUCUGAACCCGGAGAAGGAGAAAACUCCGGCUGUUGAAGAGAACACCGAGGUGUCGACUCAGACGUCUCUCUGCUGUAAAGUCUGUGGGGAGUCUUUUCAGAGUAAAGGUAGUCUGAGGAAACACGCUCAGAGUCACUCAGACGAGUCCGUCUGCGGCGUCUGCGGUGAAAGUUUACCGCCGUCAGAGACGCUGACAGACCACCUGCAGACUCACAGAGACGCUGGAAAAAUCUGUCACAUCUGUGGUAAAACCUACCAGAACAUUGAGACUCACAUGCGGAGUCACACUGGCAUCAAACCGUACUGCUGCGGCGUCUGCGGUAAAUCCUUCCCGCGGCCCGGCGCCCUGCGCCGCCACAAGAGGAUCCACACUGGGGAGCGACCGUACAUCUGCGAGUUCUGUGGAAAGACGUUCAUCGAUAACGGCGCUCUGACGACACACAUCAGGAACCACACGGGGGACAAACCGGCCCACAGAGUUUCCUGCGAGACCUGUGGGAAGAGCCUGGCGUCGGUCCACGUCCUGGAGGUCCACAAGAGGAUCCACACGGGCGAGAAGCCAUUCCAGUGUCGGGUCUGCGGGAAAGCCUUCAGGCAGGUGGGAGGGCUAAACGCCCACAUGAUGACCCACACGGGGGCGAAGCCCUUCAGCUGCACGCUGUGCAACAAGAGCUUCAGUACCAAAGGAUACUUGGAGACCCACAUCCGCUUCCACAAGAAGGAGCGAGCGUUCAGCUGCCACCUGUGCUGGAAGGCCUUCGUCACCAAGAACGACCUGAAGAAACACCUGCUGACGCACACCGGAGAGAAACCCUACAGCUGCAGGGUCUGUGGGAAGAGCUACCAGGAGAAACGCUCCAGAGACGUCCACAUGAAGGUCCACCUGGACGUCCGGAUCAGCAACGAACCAAUGAGGAGGCAGUCUGACUUCAUACAGCUGUAGUGUUCAGGCACACCUGUGCUGAUAAUGGUUUUACAAACUGACACACCACCAGACCAAACUGAUCCGGAAUCUGCUGCCAGUUCAGUUAGCAAAGACACAGAACUGUUUGUCUUCAGACCCACAAAUGUUAGAAGAGUUCAGAUCUGAUUUAAGAGUUUCAGAAAUGUCACAAACAUUUUCCAGAUGUGUUUUCUAAACAGGGUAAUAAUAAUAAUAAUAACAAUUAUUAUUAUUAUUAUUAUUAUUAUUAUUAUUAUUAUUAUUAUUAUUAUUAUUAUUAUUAUUAUUAUUAUUAUUAUUUGUUAUUAGCUAAUAAUAAUAAAUAAUAACCAGCGAUUGUUUUCAUUCGAGAUUCGUCUGCUGUGUUUUCAGGUCAGAACAUCAUGAACGUUUCCCACAGAUCAAAGUGACGUCUUUAAAUAUCUUGUUUGGUUUGACCAGCAGUCAAAACUACAAAGAAUUUCUGCCUCUGACGAUGCGGGACAGAGGAACGCAUCAAACUGUUUGACAAGCUGGAAACAUUUGGUUUUAAAAACAGACUCAAACUCUUAUUGAGUUCUCCAAAGUGUCGCAGACUCGUCGCUGCAGCUCUGUUUCUGUUUACUGACUUUUUAUUUGCAGUGGUGACAUCCAGGAUGAUGUUCAGAACAACGCUCCAGCAGAUUUAAGAAGCUCGUUUUCCUCCAGCUCUUGUGUUAAAGUCAGUACUUCAAUACUACUGUAAACUGAUCCUGGUUUGAUUUGGUCAGAAUAAACUGACGUUCCUGCUUUGAGUCUAAAGAUGUCA